AUGGCAUCCGACGAACCGUCGACGUCCGCGCUCGCGAAGACGCCGGGCAAAACGUUCUCGGCCAACCUGCCGGCGUCGUGGAUGAACAGCGCCAAGACCCCCUCGGGGAAGACGCCGGGCGGGGCGAAGACCCCGGCGCGGCUCAGCCUGGCCAAGACCCCGGCGGGUAAGCCCAAGACCCCGGGCGUUUCCAGCAUGUUCUCGCAAGCCCCCGAGCGCGUCGUCGUCGACGCCAAGCCCAAGCCCAAGACCCCGGGCGCGUACCACCGGCAGCUCAUGCUCCCGGCGCGAAAGACCCCGGGCAAGAAGGGAGCGCCUGUGGCGAACCCCGCGCCGUCCAUGCUCUCCUCCCUUCCCAACGCCACGAGAGCGGAGUUCUGGCUCAACAAGGCGAUCCGCGAGGAGGAACGCUCGGGCGACCUCGCGCAGGCGCUCUACCACAUCGACGCCGGCAUCAAGCGCGGGGCGGAACCCGUCCAAUCUCUGCGCGAAGCCAAGACCGCGCUGGAGGCCAGGAUGAGGACCGACGCGUCCCCUCCCGAAGCCGCACCCGCGCCCCCCGCGGGAGACGACGGCGACGACGUGGAGGGAUCCGUCGUCGUCAUGGAGGCUGUGCGCGUCCCGACCCGCAUGCUCGACUCCGUCCGCGGUCGCGAGACGGCGGUGACCCAGGUUCGUCGCUCGGCGAGAAUGACGCCCGACUCGUCCGGCGCCAGACGCCACUCCCCGAGCGUGCGCGCCGCGAUGACCCAUAACUCGAUCCAGCGGACGCUCAGCGCCAACGACUACGCGUACGUCCCGAACGAAGCCCUCGAGAACACACACGCGAACGGUGCCGACGACGUCGACGACGCGGUCGCCUCGCUGGAAGCCUUCCGCGGCGACAUCCGCAACGCGCCGCCGUUGACGUUAACGAACGACGACGACGACGACGACGACGACGCCCGGGGGAACGUCGAGAACCGACCGCGCGAUGAUGGCGUCGCGGGGACCGAUGAGGCGUCGCGGCGGCUGAUGGGCGUUACACCGGGCGUUACGACGAGGACGACGCCGCGAUCGUUCACUGUCAACUCCUCGGGUAAAAAGUCGCGCGGCGUCGUGUACGUGGACUCGCGCGGUUCGAGCGGCGGUCGUAACGGUCGUAACGGCUCGCUGUCCAAGGCGAGGUCGCUCGACGCCCCCGCGCCGAGGAAGAUGAGUUUCUCGUCGCACUCUGGAGACGCCGCCGGAAACGACGAGGCGAGGGGAGUAACGCUCGACUCCGACUCGGUUACACCGGGCGGCGGCGCAUCGGUUCCCUCCGUCGAGCUCACCCCGAACAGCGAGUUCGCCGCCAUGGAGGCUGCCGCGGAGGCUGAGGCUGCCGCGGAGGCUGCCGCGGCUAGGGCGCGAGCGACCGGCGGGUUCCUCGCGCGAACUUCCUCGGUCCCCGCGAACUACUCGCCGAUGAAACCGCCGCAAUCGCCGCAGUCGACGAAGAAGUCCGCGGCGGCGGCGAUCGCGCGCACACGCGGGGAGGAUCCGAAAGAAGAGGAGGAGGAGGAGGAGGAACACGACGUCGCCACCGUGGCCGUCCCGCGAUUCGAACCCGCGACCUACGAUUCCCCCGCGUCGAUGGUCUCGCCCACCGUGCUGCUGCCCAACCUCCCCACCCCGACGCUCCGCCCCGCGGCUGGCUCCACCCCCACGCUCGCGCAGGAGGCUGCGAUGGCGAGGACCCCCGCGCCCGCGCCCGUGGCGAUCGGCACGUUCGGUCCGUCCCCCGGCAGGGCCGCCAGGGAGGCGGCCGAGGCUCGCGGCGAAUCGCCCACGGACGCGGUGGCGGCGGCGGUGGCUGCGGCGACGCCCUUCUCUUGCGUCGACACCAGCCGCCGCGACCGAGCCGCCAAGCGACGGGACAGGGGCGCCGCCGUGAGCCCCGUGGCGUUCGAAGGGAGGAGUCCGCGCGGGGAGGAGGAGACGACGCAGCAGGAGACGCCCGGCGCGGAGUUCGCCAGGCUCGAGGCCGAGGCGGCGGCGGAGGCUCGCGCCGAGGCCCUCGCCGCGGCUGAGCUCGCCGCGGAUUUGGCGGAUGAGAUUGACGAUUUCGUCUUUCCCCCGGAUCGCGGGGAGGACGGCGAACUCUCGAGACGCGCCGCCAGCCCGCUCGCCUUCGCGGAUGAGGACGUCACCGUCGCGUUGCCCACGGUCGGGUUCGCGGCGGCGGCGGCGGCGGGUGCUGACGUGGAUGCUGACGAGGAUGCUGAUGAGGACGCCGACGCGACAGUCUCGAUACCCACCGUCGGGUUCAGGCCCGUGCCCAUCACCCCGGGGGGCUACCUCGACAGGUACCGCCGCACCCCGGCCGCGUCCACCGCCGCCGCGCCCGCGGGUAUCACCCCGGCGUUCAAGGCGCUCGCCGCGCGUGCGCAGUCGCCGGCCAUCGCCAAGAUGGCGGCGCUCUCGGCGUCAGUCGCGGCGGAGAGCGCCGCCGUUAAAUCGGCCCUCGCGGAAGCGCCGCGGUCCCCGGUCAAGUUCACGACCGUCCCGGUCCCGGCGUUCAUCGCGAGAGACGACGAGGAACACGCUGGCCAGGAGGAGGAAGAACACGCCGGCCAGGAGGAGGAGGAAGACUUCCUCGAGGCUGCGCCGUCACCCGCGGCGGAGGAGGUAAAGGCGCUCGCGACGGAGGACCCGGCUCCGAUGCCCUCGCCGCCCGCGCCGCCCCGCUCCCCGUCCAUCGAGGAGAUCGCGCCCAACGCGGCGAAGCUCAUCGCGACGCCCGGUUCCGAGAAGGAGACGUCACCCCUCUCCGUGUUUGCGCGCAUGAUGGCCAAGGUUAUUCGCGACACCAAGGAGGAGCUCACCAAGUCCGCCGUCAAGGCUCGCGCGACGGAGCUGAUGGUUUUAGCCGGGGAGAUGCCGUCGCCGCCGAAGAGCGCAGCCUCGCUCCCUUCGCCCGCGGCGAGGACGCCGACGACCGGUCCCGUCGCGGGACUCUCCCCGGUUGACGUAACAGCCGUAACGGCCGUAACGGCUGUUGACGCCGCGUCGGACAAAACCCCGGAAGCAGUUCCGGUGGCGGCGGACAAAGACGACGACGCGGACGUCGAGACGCCCCCCGCCACGCUGCCGUCGCCCAUGGGAAGCAUCAAGGGAUCGCCCGCGGUUCGCGUUCCCGUCGGGCACCCCGCGCACCCCACCGCGUCCACGGGCCUGACGCCGGCGCUGGCCAGGCUGGGCAUCGGAUCGAGCGCCGCGCCCGCGACCCCGACCGAGACGAAAGACGACCAAGAAGGAGAAGAAGAUGAAGAAGAUGAAGAAGAAGCGACACCCCUCGGCGUUGUGAUGACGGGCGCGCGGGUCACGCGGGGGAGCGUCGCGAGGGGCCGUCACGAGAUGCGAAGCGUCGAUCGCCUCCACGCCGGCGUCGCGCCGCGCGUCGCCGGGACGCCCGCGAGCGCGAAGAGGGGCGGCGACGGGCGAGAGACCGGAACCGGGAAGAAGAAACCCCCGUCGGGCUCGUCCCCCGCGGGCUCCGCCGCGAAGAGGAGCGGCGGGGGCGGAGGACGCGGAUCGAAAAAGUCGAGUCUCGGCGCCGCCGCGGCGGCGGCGGCGGCGGGCGCCACCCCGGGUUCGGUCCCACCCGGCGGUCUUCGCAGGUCCAAGCGACUCUCCCAGGGCGCGGACACCCCGACGAGCGCGAGAAAGCCGUGGGAGAAUUGACGAAGUUAAAAGAGGGACGAAUUUCUUUCGACGAACGACUCAAACUCGGACGCGAAGACGAUGAAUCACUCACGAAUAGAAGACACGAACGCGACACGUCAUCAUGACGUCGACUUUACUCACC